CGCAGUUGUGCGCGAGAAGCCGAAUUGUUGAGACGCGAGUGAAAUUAGUGCUGGCUGAGCUGCUUUCAUAGAAUUCUCUGCUAGUAGUGGUUUAAUUUUCAAAUUUAUUAAAAUUGCAUAAGUGUAAAGUUAUUCCCAAGGACACACAUUCAUUUAGUUAGUAGUGCAUGGACGAGCAGUGCGAAGCUUAGAUGGAUGGAUUGUAUUAGAUUCACACAUACAUAUAUAUAUAAUAUUUGAGUAAUACGAAUACUUUUAUACAAUCACAUCUACAAAUGUCCAUGCUCACGUCUGCACUUAGUUAUAUAUUUGAAUAGACUGAACAUUCCAGACAGACAUUGCUUACUCUCUUUCUACAAACCGACUUCGUAGCAGAGCAAGCAAAUAAAUAAAUAAAGACCACAGCAACAAACAAGGAAUAUCAGAAGAAGUAUCCUGCUCGAAUUACGUGCGGGAUAGAAUAUAAAUAUAUAUAGAUAUCUACAUAUACUUCACAGUCACAGCAGUCAGACUAACAUCCACAGGAUGGGUCGGCUAACACAAAUGCUGGCCGUCCUGCUGCUGGUAGCUGCUUUAAGCUCAGCAAAUGCAGAGAGUAAAAUAAAUUCACCGCCUCGUAUUAUAAAACAGCCCCCGACAGAUGAGCUACUUUUCAAAGUUGCCGUACAAAAUAAGGAAAGUGAUAAGCCAUUCAUCAUCGAGUGUGAGGCUGAAGGAAAACCGGAUCCAAGUUACCGAUGGAUCAAAAACGGCAAAAAAUUCGAUUGGCAAGCCUACGACAACCGCAUGCUGCAACAGCCCGGCCGUGGUACACUCGUAAUCACAUCACCCAAAGAUGAGGAUAUGGGACAGUAUCAGUGUUUCGCUGAGAACGAAUUUGGUACAGCCACCUCAAACUCGGUAUUCGUACGUAAAGCCGAAUUGAAUGCAUUCAAAGAUGAAGUAGCGAAAACAAUCGAAACCAACGAAGGUGAGCCCUUCUCGCUCAGUUGCGAAGCGCCCGACGGUUGGCCCAAACCCAUUGUCAAUUGGUUGAUACAGCAUUCUUUGGAAGGCACCAUUAAGUCGAUCAACAACUCACGCAUGACACUCGAUCCCGAAGGUACUCUCUGGUUCUCAAAUGUGACACGUGAAGAUGCUUCCGAUGAUUUCUUCUAUGCCUGCUCGGCUACCUCAGUGUUCCGUAAUGAAUAUAAGAUCGGUAAUAAAGUUUUGUUGGAUGUGAAACAGACCGGCAUCAGCGCUGCACUGAACAAACAACAGCCGAAACGUCAAUAUGUGACACGUAAAAACGAGGUGGCAUUGCGAGGUAAACGUGUUGAGUUGUACUGUAUUUUCGGUGGCACACCGCUGCCGCAAACAGUGUGGUCGAAAAAUGGCGCGCCUAUAGAAUGGAGCGAUCGCAUAACGCAGGGUCACUAUGGUAAAUCUCUGGUUAUCCGUCAGGCGAGCUUCGACGAUGAAGGCACUUACACCUGUGAUGUUUCGAACGGUGUUGGCAAUGCACAAUCAUACUCCAUCAAACUGCAGAUCUUGGCGACACCGUACUUCACCAAAGAGCCGGAGGUACAAAAUGCCGCAGAGGAUGAAGAAGUCACAUUCGAGUGCGCUGCAGCUGGUAAUCCCGAACCGACAAUUCAAUGGGUACAUAAUGGCAAACCAAUCGCGCAGUCACCACCUAAUACACGCCGUAUUGUUGAAAAUAAUAGAAUUAUCAUACGUGAUCUUGUGAAGGCAGAUACGGGUAAUUACGGUUGUAACGCCACCAAUUCGCUUGGCUACGUCUACAAGGAUGUCUACCUCAACGUUUUGGCUCUACCACCAGAGAUUCAAGAAGCACCACGCAAGGAAGCCACCGUUGAUGGUAAAAAUGUAACUCUGCGUUGUCGUGUCUUUGGUGCACCCAAACCACAAGUGAAAUGGAUACACAAUCAUCAGGAGCUGACGGGUGGACGAUACAACACGUUGCCCUCGGGUGAUUUGGAGAUCCAAGAAGUUGCUUUCAGCGAUGAAGGUGACUACACUUGCUUUGCCACAAACAAAUUUGGUAAGAUCUCAGCGAACGGCACUUUGUUGGUUAUGAAGAGAACGACUAUUAUACACGAACCACAGAAUUACGAGGUGGCAGCGGGUAAGUCGGCAACUUUCCGUUGCAAUGAAGAGCACGAUGAAAAACUGGAUCUGGAAAUUGAGUGGUGGAAAGAUGGACAAGCUAUUGAUUUCGAAGCGGAAGCACGUUUCGUUAAAACCAAUGACAACUCUCUAACGAUUCCAAAGACCGUAGAGCUUGAUUCGGGCGAAUAUACUUGUGUCGCGCGUACAAGUUUGGACGAGGCCUCGGCUAAAGCCAAUCUUAUUGUACAGGACGUGCCGAAUGCACCGCGUUUAGUUGGCAUCGUUUGUAUGGCGAAUAGGAUAAGAGUGACGUGGGAACCACAGGGAGAUAAUCGUUCACCAAUUCUUUAUUACACUAUCGAAUUCAAUACCUCAUUCACACCCGACUCUUGGGAUGUCUCAUACGAUAAAGUACCGUCCACUGAAACUGCGUUCGUUGUCGAUUUAACGCCUUGGUCUAACUAUACUUUCCGUGUGAAGGCGUUCAACAAAAUCGGUCCCUCACCGCCUUCCGAACACAGUGAGAUAUGUACAACACCGCCAGAUGUGCCCUACAAGAACCCCGACAAUGUACAAGGCAUGGGUACGGAACCAAACAAUUUAGUGAUAUCCUGGACACCAAUGCCAGAGAUCGAUCACAAUGCGCCAGAUUUCCAUUAUCGUGUCUCUUGGAAACGUGAUAUUCCUGCAGCAUCUUGGGAGAGUAAAGAUAUAUACGAUUGGCGGCAAAAUAAUUUAGUAAUACCGGAUCAACCAACUUAUGUGCCGUAUCUGAUUAAAGUGGUUGCUAUAAAUAAGCAUGGCGAGGCGAAUGUUGCACCCACAGAGAUCAUUGGCUAUUCAGGAGAAGACCGUCCCUUGGAAGCACCUACCAACUUUAGUAUGGUCCAGGUUACCGCCGCCACCACAGCCAUGUUACGCUGGAACCACGUUAGUCCUGAAUCGGUGCGUGGCCGUUUCAAGGGUUAUAAAAUUCAAACAUGGACUGAGAAAGAAGGUGAGGAGGCUCUCCGUGAAAUACAUGUGGAUGCUAUCUCCGAUCAGGCACUCGUUACACAAUUCAAACCCGAUUCGAAGAACUUUGCACGCGUCCUCGCCUACAAUGGUCGCUUUAAUGGUCCACCUAGUAUAGUCAUUGAUUUUGAUACACCCGAAGGUGUACCAUCACCUGUGCAAUCACUAGAUGCUUAUCCACUCGGUUCAUCUGCUUUCUGGCUCGUUUGGAAGAAACCACUACAACCGAAUGGAAAACUAACUGGCUACAAAAUCUACUAUGAAGAGGUUAAGGGCAGCUAUGUAAGUCAACGGCUCGAACUCAACCCGCAAAUUAAUAAUCCCGAUACUACGAGUGCGAAAUUGGCAGGUUUAUCGGCCAACACUAAAUAUAGAAUCUCAAUAACGGCGACUACGAAAAUGGGCGAGGGAUCAGAACAUUUCAUUGAGAAACGCACUUUACCGAAAGAUUCACUGAAACCUGCUAUACCGACAUUUACUUUGGAACCAUUACCGUCAGAGAAUGGCAAUGCUAGAUAUCGCAUUAACUGGUUGCCUAAUACCGAAGGACAUGCUGGCACACACUUCUACACACAAUACAGAAUCAAAGGUGAGCCCAAUUUCGCAAAAGUAGCUGAAGAGUUCUCUAAGGAUUAUCAAGAGAUUUUGGGUCUCAAUCCCGAUAAUGUGUAUGAAUUCCGUGUUGUAUCUGUCGAUGGUGAUAAUGAAACGCCCAGUGAAUUGCGUGAAAUCGUCAUAGAUGGACCCACAAAAGUGCCCAAUCAGAAUGUGGCGAAUGCCGGUUGGUUUAUUGGCAUGAUGUUGGCGUUGGCCUUCAUCAUAAUAUUGUUCAUUAUCAUAUGUAUAAUAAGACGUAAUCGUGGUGGCAAAUAUGAUGUACAUGAUCGUGAAUUGGCGAAUGGUCGUCGUGACUAUCCGGAUGAAGGCGGGUUCCAUGAAUACUCACAGCCAUUGGAUAACAAGAGCGCAGGUCGCCAGUCGGUUAGUUCGGCGAAUAAGCCUGGUGUGGAGAGUGACACCGAUUCGAUGGCCGAAUAUGGUGAUGGUGAUACAGCCCAAUUCACCGAGGAUGGUUCCUUUAUUGGUCAAUAUGUGCCGGGUAAACUCCAACCGCCCGUUAGUCCACAACCCAUCAACAAUACACCAGCAUCACAUCAGUCACCAACAGCGCCGCCAGCACCAACACAAUCAGCCGGCGCUUCCUCGAAUACAGCUGCAGUUGCCACUUAUGUUUAGGUAGAACCGGAGCCGCAGCAGUACCAGCAAGAACAACUGAAACAACAACAACAAAUAUUGUAACAACAACAGUAAGAGUAAAAAUGGUGACAAAGGAGAAUCUGCAAUACAAGCCAAUUAUUGGUACUGGGCUAAAUUUGAAUGGCUGCGUUAUGAUGCACUAAGGAAAGGCGACAUUUGGUGUGGGGGAAAUGUGACAUAAUUGUGUUAAGUAUUGAAAAAAAAAAACUUAACAGCAAUUAAUUAAUUUCACUAGAAAUUUUUUUUAAUUAGGCGUGGCAAUGAACGUGAGACUUGAUAAUAUUCUAAAAGUGAAAAUUAGAUCUUUGUUGGGUGGCGGAAAAAUUGCUGUGUGGAAAAUUCGAUAAAUGAAAGUUAAAAAACAAAAUUGAAUGUUUUUUAGUAAAACAUACAAAAGAGAAUGCAAAUAAUUUUUUGUAAAUUAAUGUAAAUGCUUAGUGAACUUGCUAAUUGGUAGAGAUUGCAUAUUUAAGGAGUCGAUUUUUCAUUUUACUUUGCUUAAAUGUUUGAUGAAAGGAAAGCAUUUAUAUGUAAUGUUGCUAAGUAUUGUAAAAUAUGGUAUUGAUUUAUCCCUAUAAUGUGUUAUAAAAUACUUUUGUUUUCUUAAGUCCUUCAAUGAAAACUUCCUAUACUGCUCUCGAUCCGAAAGACGUUCUUGUAGACGCAGAUUACUUUCAGUACAGCAAUUAUUAUAAUGAUUUUCGCUUUUAAGAAAUUUUGGUUUUAUUUUGAUUUUAUAAGAAAAAUGUAAUUAGUUUAUAA